GAAAUAUCUUCAUCUGGUUUAUAAAGCUUUCAAUCUGCAACUCUAUUUCGACUUUUUGCUUUUUGCUUUUUGCUUUUCUUUAAGUUAUGAAGGUUCGUGUUAAACAAGCAAUUUCAUGCCUCAGUAUAUCAGGAAUUAUCAACAUUAAAUUCUCUUCAGCACAAAGUCAUUUCAUCUUUUCAAAGAAAGUACUGGUCAAUUUCAAAAGAAAGUCAAAAAGUCAAAGUCGGAGAAAGAAAAAAAAAAGAAAAUCACGUAUUCAAAGUCUACACUAAAUUUAGAUCAAUUAAUGCUUCAAUUUGAUUAAUUUAAUUGCAUUUGGGUUAAAUUGUUUUCCGAAUCAAGGAAAAAAGCUAAUUAGG